AAUUCUCGAGAAAAGUCAAUAAAAUCGUGACAGCGACAGAGUGCCUAUUGUGUUUUUCAUUUAACACACCGGCUUUUUGGAUACUCGCGAUUAUUAAAUAUUUGAAUAAAAGUGACUGAUUGUGUUAGUAGCUGUUAAGUUGGUGAUAGACAGUCUCAAUAUGGAGAAAUUUUUAUUGUUUCUCUCAAUUUUAUUUACUGUUCCUGCCGCAUAUAAAGUGUCUGCAUCAAGUGGUUCCAUUGAACUAGAUGAUAUUUCUUUUAAUAAAAUAAUUAACACAUUCUCUGCAUCCUUAGUUAAAUUUGAUGUUGCAUUUCCUUAUGGCGACAAGCAUGAUGCAUUUGUAGCAGUAGCCAAAGAAGCAAAGGACGUAAGUGAACUAGUAGUCGCUGAAGUCGGUGUUAAAGAUUACGGGGAGAAGGACAAUGAAGAACUUGCUAGAAAGUAUGGUGCAACCAAGGAAAACUUUCCAGUUGUAAAACUGUUUCUUAAAGGAAAGGAUGAACCCAUCUCUUUUGAUGAUAGUCAAGGAUUUACAACAGACCAGUUACGCCGUUUUGUAAGACAAAAUACUGGAAUUUAUUUAAGCCUCCCCGGUUGUAUACGAGACCUAGAUAUGCUUUCCAUUGAAUUCAUGAAAUCUGCCAAAGAGGAAAGAAAUAAAGUUUUGAAAAAAGUAGAAGUCUCUUUAAAGGAACUAGGCAAAGAGAAUGCAAACACCGGAAAGAUCUAUAAGACAAUCAUGGAGAAAAUUCUAGAAAAAGGAGACGAUUUUGUCAAGACUGAAAACCAAAGAAUUAAGAAGGUGAUGAGUGGGAAACUAGCUGAUGAAAAGAAACGAGAAAUGGGCCAUAGACUUAAUAUUCUACAAUCAUUUCAACUGCAUGAAGUUCAGUACAAAGAUGAAUUGUAGUUAUACAUGUAAUAAUUACACAUUCCAGAUUGUUUUAAUAUAAGAAAUUAAGUUAUAUCUGAGUGACUCACUGGUAUGUGAAAUUAAUACCAUCUUAAUGGUUUUUAAACAAAUUAUUUAUGGUAAAUAUCUUACACUAUCUUCUCUCCUUUUCCUUUCUAUUAUAAGGAACAUGCUCAUGUCUUUAUAUUUAAAAUUUAAGAAGAAUAUGUUUGUAAAUUAUCUGUUUCCAUUAAGUUUAAUAAAAUUUUAUUUUUGAUGUGUGAUAUGCACCAAGUUUGAUUUAGUUGUACACAAAAAAAUAAAGGUGUGAAAGAAAA